AGUUGCUUCAACUUUCAAGGCACAGAAAACCGGUCACGCCGAGCACUCGUAAAUUUACCUAUCGAUCUCCGUACAGUAGGUAGGAAAAGGGGCCAUGGCCAUGGCCACCAGAUGCAAAACUCCGCUUCAUAGCAGAGCAAACACUGACAUACCGCUAUCACACCUCAUGGCCGACAUGAUCAUGAUGAUCACCACGAAAGAGCAAUCAAACCUCGCAUCGGCUUGUGCUCCACCUGCCGGACCUCUUCGUGGAGAGCAUCCCACCGGGUUCGUCGGAAAGAUGGACAAACGCGGCACGGAAAUGCCAUGCAGCUUCCUGAAGAAAUUUGUGUAUGUAUCGAAUACGUACAGUAUGUGCAGUACCGGUACAUGGGAAUAUGUGAUAUCUGAUUGAUGUCCGUCAGAAUGCCUCCUAAUCCUUACGUAACACGGUUAUGAGAGUGGGGACCGUGGCAACCAAUCAAUACCAUUACCGUACUAUGAGUGGCCAGUGAUGGACUUUGGAGAAGAAAUGAGGAUAUACUCCGUACAUAUCCGGACUUCGCACGUCCACCAUGAUUAUAUAGAAGUCGGCUGUGGAAGUAAUGAACGAUUGCAAUCGUUUCCAGGCGGCGGUGCUAACUGGAAGUAGAUGAUACUUAUCGGCAUAGACUAAAAGUAGAAUUCGCUACCUCUUCUCGUUGACAUUGGCGUAAGUUGGCACCGCUGCUUCCAAAUGGUGAAUCGAGGCUCGUGAGGUCCAGAGUCCCGUCCAGCUGGAGGCGUCGGCGUCAUCAAAAAAUGUCCAGAAAACAGCAGUCGCGUCCCAGGACGUUCCUUCCCUCAACACCAACACCAACAGCAACCCCAACCCCAACCACAACCCCAUCACCAUCGCCAUCUCCGCACUUGCGGCAACUCCUCAUCAAAAGGUCAAGAACAACCGACCACACUUCCAAAAGAUAGGUACGUCCAACAUGCGGACCACCAAAAAAUCAAAGCUCAAGGGUAAGAACCGCGCAUCUAUAUCAACUCCAGAAUUCAUCCCACCGCAAGCUACAUAUCACUAAUCAACGAGCAUACACAGGCCCAAGACAGCCACCCAGAAACAUGAGAGUCCCACUCACCUCAUUCCUUCGAUUUGGAACACUCCCUGUUGAGCUGCGACUGGACAUUUGGCACAAAGCUCUUCCUGGACCGCGUAUUGUUGAUCUAAAGACACGAAUACUUGCCCUACGCUGCCAGAAUCGCCAAAGCCGUUACGGGUUCUCUACGGAUUGUCCUGCCCCAGUACUGCUUUACGUCUGUCGCGAGUCUUACGAAGUUGUCGCAAAAUCAUAUACUCUCAUGUUUGCUACAACGGAUGCCUUUGCUACCAUCUGGUUCAACCCAAAGAUUGAUACUCUCUUUAUCAAUGAGGAGACGUUCCAAGGUAGCGAUAAAGACUAUAAUAUACGUCAUGAGGAUUGGGGUGAAAUAGGCUGCUUCAACUUAAUCGGUGAACGUGAUCUCAAGAAGGUGGAGAAUAUUUGUGUCAACCCUCGUUUCCUUCAUUCACGUUCGUUUUUUAUUUACGACCGCGAAGAUGAAAUAGAAGACAUACUAAACCUGUUUCCAAACGUAACGAGCGUGUCUUUUGUGGGCGCGCAGGUUAGGGGGAAGACAUGGAAUUCUGGCAUGGCUGCGUCUACGAUAUCCACGUUGGCAUUUCUCCCGACUGAGGACUACUACCUUGCCUUGGCGCGACUGGAACUGGAAUCUUGCUCUAAAAUUGAACUUGAAUCCGUGGAGUUUAUUAGCAACACGACUUUCCUGAGCAACUUUCGAAGUUGGAUCUUGCUUCCUGAAGGAUAAAAUGUGCGAGAUUAUUCAAAGGUCCAGAUCGACUCGAAAACUAUCAUGACAGAGACUUUGAAGGAUCAACUCUUGCUAAAUGUGGACUUUCAGAGACCGGUAACAAGAGAUGAGGCAACCCUGAUCGCGAGAAAAAAAGCAAAACUUGAUGUGGAUUAUACUGAUGGGACUCUAAUGCGCGAAAAGUUGACGAGUGAGAUCAACAAAGAGAAGUUGGAGGAACAUUUGGAUGAACAGUUCCGUGAAAAUUGGAAUAUCGAGUCGGAUGUAACGUUGGAUGAGAAUUCGGAGGAGGACGAGUCUUUUCAAGAGCUGGCCGUCCGGCUAUUUGAAGCUUUAGAGGAUGAAGCGGACGAAGACUCGGAUGGUGAGUUGGGUGGACACGGAGAUAUCUAAACGUCACAGUUCAGGUUACCACUCUCGUCAUUGGAAUAUCCUUCACCAUGUACAACCUGGCGCGGAAUGUCGGGGUUCAUAUGGCAGACAGCUAGGCAUUAUGGAUAUACAGCGGUGGUGAUAUGUGUUCAUUGACGGUUGUCUAUGUACUGUAGCGCCCCAAAAUAAAAAAUGC